CGCAAGAGGGGAGGAGAUACUGAAGCUAUUGAAGUCCCUUCCUUCCCUAAUUUUUCAAUCCUCCGACGGCCGCCGGAUUUUCUUAUCCAUCGCCGGUAGCUUUUGAAUCCGCCGUCUUUUGUUAUGCCGUGUAUUUAUGUCAGCUGCAAUGGAAGAGUCAGAAAAGAGGAGAGAAAGGCUGAAUGCAUUGCGUAGGGAAGCUGAUCAGUCUGGAGUGCACGGCGAUUCUGAGAAUUGUAUGGGUGCAUCUUAUACUCUUGCCAACCCAUUGAUUGAAGCCUCGGUCCCUCCAUCUGUGCAUCCAGAGCCACAGGCAGCUCCUAGAUUUGAUUAUUACACAGAUCCGAUGUCAGCAUUUUCAGCAAACAAGAGGGGCAAGGUCAGCCAUCAAAUUUCACCAGACUAUUUCACGCCUCCAAGACCAGUUAGACCAGAUAUGACCAACCCUUGGGGCCAUCCAGCUUAUCAAGCCCAAGCCACCUACUGUGCAGAUCAGAGGAUGUUUCAAUCUCCAGGACCAUACCACAGACCUGGCCCUUUCAGGAGUCCAAGGGGAACACCAAGUCCUUUUGGCACACCAGAAGGCGGCGGAUCAACCGGAACACCUACCUACAUUUCAUCAAACUUUUCAAGAGGAGGUAGCGUUGCUAGUCCAGGCUUUGCACCAGGAGGUAGUCCGAGUUUUAAUGAUGGCCAUAGCAGAGGCUAUGGUUGCAUCAACAGUCCUGAGAGUGGGUAUGGUAAUUUUGGUAGCCCUUAUCCUAAUUCAGGGAGAGGCCAAAGUCGGUGGCUUGGUAACAACAGCCCCCAGGCUUCAGGAAGAGGUAGAGGUCGAGGGCAAGGAUACAACACUCCAGUUUCAGCUAAUAGUGGUAGAAGAGUAGGUUCACAUGAUUUCUUGUCAGCUGAGCAUAAUCCGGGUAGGUUUUACAAUAAAUCAAUGGUAGAAGAUCCAUGGGCAGCGCUAAAACCUGUCAUUUGGAGGAGAAAAGAUGCUCCAACUUUUGGUACCCAUGACUCCAAAAAAUCCUGGCUUCCAGAAUCCAUUAGAGGAAAAAAGGCUCAAGUUUCAGAAGUAUUGCACAAGUAUACUUCUGGGAGAAGCUUUGCAGAAGACCUUGCUGCAUCAUUUCAUGCAGCAACAAAUUAUGAAUCUGCUGACGACAAUGACGAUGGCGAUGACUAUGUGGAAUAGAAAUUAUGAACUGUUUGUAAUUUGUAUAAAUAGUUUCCAGAAAGGCCUCUGCAUUGUUUUUAUUUAUAAUUUUUUUUUCUGUUUUGAACUAUUUUACUAUAGGCAGCCAAAUUUCAGACCUGGUAGAUGGAUGAGCAGUUUUAGAGGGACUUGUUUAUUGUUACAUAAUUACGUUUAGCCAUGUUUGCAUUCUUGAAAGAAUUGAGAGUCUCUCUA